AUGAGCCGGAUUCUAGCGCCUCUCGUCCGGCUACCAUGGCGGAGUAUUCCCCUACGCCCAUUCCUCGCUCGACGAAGCUAUUCCACCCCAUAUAGGGAACUGGUGCCGGAGUCGAAGGCAGACCAUCGCGUCGUGAACGAAGCUACCGCAAACAAUGUCACGGUUGACUAUGCUCAAAAAUACCUGCGAAAGCCCGCCCCGGAAGGGGUCAGGCUGGCGAAAGACAGGCUGGAGGUCACGGUUGAUGGACACAAGCGGGGCUUCAGGUACAUGCUCCUGCGUGAUGCCUGUAAAUGCGAUCUCUGCGUGGAUGAACAUUCGAAACAACGCAAUUUCCGCACUACCGAUAUUCCUCACCGGAUUGUUCCUCGGGAAGUUACAUGGGAUGGCAAGAAGCUGCAGAUACAGUGGGCGUUUGAUGUCAAGGGAUGGAGCAUGCACCACGUGUCCACGUAUGAUGCGCACACUCUCAGAGAAAACAGGGCCAAUCCUCCCAGAUCGGCUACGGGCCGGUAUAGGCCUCGAUUUUUGUGGAACAAGUUUAUCAUGGAGGCGAAGCAGCAUUGGGUCUCAUACGAUGAAUACAUGAAUGACGAAAAAGCAUUCGCCAAAGCCAUGCGCUAUCUAUCUCUAAUGGGCAUCAUCUUCGUUAAGGAUAUCCCCGACUCGCGGGAGAUGGUUGAGAAGAUUGCAACCCGGCUGGGACCGCUGCGAAACACCUUUUACGGACCGACAUGGGAUGUCCGCAGCGUCCCCCAGGCGAAAAAUGUCGCCUACACCAACGUCUUCCUCGGAUUCCACAUGGACCUCAUGUACAUGAACGAGCCGCCGGGCUUCCAGCUGUUACAUUGCCUCCAGAACUCAUGCGAUGGGGGCGAGUCUCUGUUUGUGGACAGCUUCCGAGCUGUAUCAGAAAUUCGUGACAGAUGGCCAGAAUCCUUCAAAAAGCUGACCGAGCUGCGCUUGAACUACGAAUACAACCACAAGGACCACGUCUACUACAACAGCUGGCCUGUAGUGGAGAUGGAAGACGGUGACCCAACGAGACGAGUCGGCCACGUCAACUACUCGCCCCCCUUCCAAGCGCCGAUUAUCUCGAACGAGCCGAUGUACGGCAAGUGGAGAGGUUACAUGCGAGCUCUCACAAUGUUCACGAAUGAAAUCGAACGCGAGCGUAAUGUCUUCCAGCGCAAGUUGAACCCGGGCGAAUGCGUCAUCUUCGAGAAUCGCCGAAUCCUCCACGCCCGUAACAAGUUCAACACCGAACAGGGUCAGCGCUGGCUGGCCGGCGCCUACGUCGACGAGGACGCCGUUCUCUCUACCUUCAGAACGUGCCGUGACGCGGAUCCCGAGGGCUGGAUUGGAACCCUGGUCAAGACGCCAACUAUCCGUGGCUCGAAUCUCGUUUCUGAGACCAGUGCGGACGCAGGUGGACAGGCUACCGCCGAGAAUAAAGAAAUAGCCUAA